GAUUAAUUGCAGGAACUACCAAUUAUUUCACUCGGUUCUACUUGAAGCUUCAUUGGUUUCAAUUUCGUUGCGACUGUAAAGGGUCAAUCCAUAGCUUGGCAAUCUAUAGACUAUCAGAAACAAAAACCCAUUCCUCUUUAUUUCACAUCUUGAGCUCAAUAGAUGGUAUAUCGUUUAACAAACCUUCCGGAAAUAUUAGAUUUGAUAUAUGGGAAGAAUGAAUUUCUCAGUUCAAAUAAUGGUCUUUGUCAGUUUUACCGUUUUUAAGACACAUGAAUUGAACGGAUCUACCUUUCUGAAGAACUCGGAUAUUCUCCCAGUUGUUGGCGAGAAUAUAACUCUUGUUUGCGCCUUUACGAAUCCAUCAAGAUACCGCGAGUUGUCUUGGCUGCAUGUGGAUAACAACAACCAAUUGAUAGCCAGCAAUAAAGGCGAAGGAACAGAACCUACUCAAGAGAAAGGCAUUUCAGAUGCUUCGAAGUACAGCUUGAUGUCUGAUUCUUCCAGCGGAAACCUGACAAUAAGUUAUCUAGGGGUAGAUGACAGCGGCAGAUAUCGUUGCUUGGUUGCCACAUAUGCUGAUGCAUUUCAGAGUUUAUUUGAACUGAAGGUACUUUCACCAGCCACACCAAGUUCGGUGUUGAUUAUAGACAACCGUUCGGUCUACACUGAUGGAGAAUCAGUUACCCUUACCAUUAGGCAAACCCACAACCUAACAUGUACAGUCCAAGGUUCUAGACCACCUCCAGAACUCGAGUGGCACAAUCCUGGAGAAGUAGCGAUUGGAAUAGGAGACCAGUACAAUACUGUUGAGGGCGAUUAUUACUAUUCUCGUAGAGUUAUUUGUAUAACCCCGUCAAGACAGGACGAUGGGAAAAGUUUACAAUGUAUUGUUUCACACCGAGUUCUGGAUCGAAAUCUCGUUUCAACCGUACAUGUUGAAGUUCAAGUUCCACCGACUGAUCUAUUCAUUACAACAUCUAAUGAAAUUACGAUCUCCAAGGCUGGAACAAGAAGCGUGACUGUCUCUGAAGACACAGUGACAUCAUUCAUCUGCACAAGUGUAGGAUCUCGGCCGACAGCAGUUAUAACAUGGUCUGUUGGAUUGGACGGAGAUCCCGGUAGGACGACCUCUACGACAGGAACUAAUCAGAAUGAUACAAGUUUACGUGAUACAGAGUCUUUGCUUCUGCUGAAUCCAAACAGGAGUCACCACCAUCAAUUUCUUCGGUGUGUGGCCACUGCUGGUAUGAACAAACGUCAUACAGAGAUGAUGGUCAUGGUCAAAGGGCCGUCUGAUCCUCCAAUCCUUGAUGGAACGCAAAACUUGCAGGACGGUGUAUUAUCCAACGUAACUUGUACAUCAAACUAUGGUUACCCAGAACCAACCUUCCAGUGGUAUAUUGGAGCAAAGAACGUCACCACCAACUCGACAACACAAACCUCCUUGAAUACAUAUCGAUUUGAUGCCAGAAGUGUCCUCAAACUCACCCCUACAAAAGAUGAUCAUGGGAAACAUAUAGUCUGCCAGGUCUCUCAAGCGAAUGUGAAGUCACGGAGGGUUAAUGAUGUUCUCUUUGUCCUUUAUCCUCCCGUGAUUGUAUACUACUCUAUUCGUCGAGUAUUCGAUAUGCAAAACAGUGUCGAUGCCAUUCUCACAUGUAGAUCAGAUAGUAGACCAACAGCAUCAAUAACCUGGUCCUUGAAUGGUACUGAACCUAACAACAGCACCCUUCAUCAGAUCCAACAGAGACAUCUAAUGCACUGUUAAAUUGUAAAACUGUUGGCUGAUCCCUGUGAAUUGUUGGAAAAAUGGACUAAAUUUUGAUCUUUUUCUUCUGGUAUGAAGUAAAUUUAUCUACAAACAAGAACAAGGCAAGAGCGAUUUUGUGUCUCGCCCACUUGUGAAAAUGACCAGAAAUAUUGCGAUUUGCGAGGGCACGCA